AUUGAUUUUAAUAAUCACUUUGUUAGACAUGCCAUAUUAAGAGUAUGGAACAAGUAUAAAAGAAGAUUCUCCAUAAAGUUGCCUCUUUGAGUAUUCCCACAGAAAGCUUUAUUUAGAAAAGAAAUUGUUGUGAAACGGGACUAGUGGACCUACGGUAAAAUAAUAAUUUUCAACUCAGGUGACCCUAUUCUUAAAUCGAGUGAAGAGUUAGAAUCAGAGGGUUAUGUUUAUCAUUGGUUUACAUACCAACAACUGAAAGAAAGAUUUAAACUAGAUAAAAAGUAUUAUUGACUUCAUUAAAAAUUAAUUGGAAACAUUAUUGUGUGGCAGUAAUGAACAUAUUUUUAUAAGAAUUUUAUUAGUUUUUCUCUUACACACAUAUGUUAAUUUUUCAACCAACGUGCUGUCUGGAUUCAAAAAUGCUAAUACAUAAUCAAUUCCUAAUCCUUGGUUCUUUCCUCUAGCCAUUUGUGGAAUAACUCCCAAAUUUGGUAGUAUUCUGUUUCUUCUUUAUCUUUCAAUCUCAUAGUUAAUCUGUCCAUCUCUGUGCAUUCCAAUAUUUUUUAAUUACUUCUUCCUCUGGUGGUGCUGCUUCGUUUUUCCAAUAUUGCGCGAAUACUAUUCUUGCUGCUGUUAUGGUGUGUAAAACCAAAUAUAAACUUUGUUUAUUAGUCUUUUCUGGCAUUAUAUCUAGUUUAAAAAGUUCAGUUUUAAAUUCCACAUGUUCUCCCAAACAUUUUUCUAACCAAACAUGUAUCUUUUUCCAAUAAAUCUUUGCUUUACCACAUGUCCACCAAAUAUGAUAAUACGUGCCUAAAUUAUGUUUACAUUUCCAACGUCUAUCUGACAUAGUUUUAAACAUUUUUGCUAAUCUUGCUGGUGGCAAGUGCCAUCUAUAAAACAUUUUAUAUAAUUUUUCUUUAUACAAGGUUGACAUUGUCAAUUUAUAGUUUCUCUCCCAUAAUUUUUGCCAUUUUACUCAGAUGUUGACUAUAAGCAGUGAUUUCCAUAUUGACCCAGAAUUUGACUGUGGGAAGAAUUUGAUUAGAAGGAUGUGUGGGAUUUCUUUGGCAAAUUAAUAAUAUUAAAACUUUUUUUGGCUGUCUCAAAGUCUCUCGGGUGUAUAUCCUGGGAACCUUGAAAAUACUUUCAGAUUUUACUAUAAAUGUAACACGGAGCCAGUACAAAUGUCUUCAAUCAUCUGCAGUUCCAUGUAUUUGAAUCAUCUGCAACUCCUGAAGUCAAUGUCAUCUUUCCUUUCCUUGUUUAGCUUUCUAAAGGAGUCGACAGAUACAUCUCCAAGUUUGAAAUUGAUAAUAAUAUGGUUCAGAAAGGAGCUGUUGUCAUUUACUUAGACAAGGUCUUCCACUCUGAGAAUGAAUAUCUGCAUUUUAAGAUUCUCAAGCAUUUUGAAGUUGGCUUCAGUCAGCCAGGAUCAGUCAAGAUGUACAGCUACUACAAUCUAGAUGAACAAUGUUCCAAGUUCUACCAUCCAGAUAAAGGAACAGGCCUUCUCAGUAAGAUAUGUCAUAGUAAUAUUUGCCGAUAUGCAGAAGGUAAGUUGGGAUAAAUAAGGUAAAUGUUGUCUCUGAGCACCAAAAUGGACAAUUUGAGGAAGAGAUAGUAUGGAAUCUGCCCCCCUUUUUAAAUCUAAUAGUAUGACCAAAGCAAAUAAUACCAAGGAAAUAGAGAAAAACAAAAUGUAUUCAUUCAAUAUGAAUAUUUAACACAUGCCAUUCUCCUGUGGGACAUGCCCCUGUCUCAUGACCGUGGCCAAUUUCCUUCCUUUUGCCUGUUUCUCAUUCCCCUGAGAGUCGGUCAGCAGUUGGACAAGCAACUGCAGAAAGAAUGAUCAGGGAGUAUGGUAGAAGAUCAGAAGUUGGUACGUCUUUCUCUUUGUCAACUCAGAGCAUGUGUCUUUUGGC